UAGUUUGAAGAGAUCGCAAGAGGUUCUGGAAGAGAUCGAAUCGAUGUUAGGUGUAUAAAAGCGACUACCGGGUUCUGAGUUGAAGCAUACCGAACUCAAGUGUUCUAACUAUCAAACCACUUACUAAACCAACCACAAACCUCAUCUGCCACAAUGAAGUUCAUCGUUGCUGCCGUUGUCCUUGCCCUUGCUGUCGCCUCGGAGGCCAGCUGGCCAGCCGCUGGAUUGCCAUGGGGAGGUCCAUGGGGAACCGUUGUUCAGGCUAAUGCUCCAGCGUGGCCCGCUGCCCACUGGGGCGGUGCUUGGCCAGCGGCUGCUGCUUACGGUGCCUGGCCUGGUGCUCACUGGGCUGGAGCGUGGCCAGCUGCCCAUUGGGGUGCCCCAGCUGCUUCGGUUGCCCACCAUGCCGGAGUUGUUCCCGGAGCCACCUCGGUCACUGCCAACCGUGGAGCCGUCCACGUUGCCCCUCUGCCAGGACAUGCCAUCUCCCAGAAGCAACUGAACCUUGCCCCAGCUCCAGGAACUCUGUAAACAGGAUGCCAAAAAUGAAAAUGAAUCUCAGCAGCAGAUCAAUGCUCAUUUGCUCAAGAUGACAACCAACUGCCAUGAUUGCUAGAACAAACAAUUGAGAAACCGAAUUUCUGUUUUGUAUGUGUGAUUUUAUUGUGUAAAUAAGUAGAGCAAUUUUUUACUCAAUUUGUAAAUAAAUGUGAACUCUCGAAUAAUGAA